GCGGCGUUGGCAAGAUAAACCGCGCGCCCGGACUCCGCCAAGUCAACUAGAGUACAACGGCACGCGGAAGCUAGCUGCUCACCGCCCCACCGGCGCCGAUCGAAUCCACCAAGCAAGCCGCCGCAGCAGGAGAGGACCGGCGAUCCCGAUCCGAUGGCGGCGCCCUACGGAGCCCCCCCUCCUCCUCCUCCGGCGGCGGCGCCGGUGGCGGUGGUGUCCCCGCAGUUCUGCGCGCCGUACGUGGUGCCGCUGACGGUGACCAAGAAGGCCAUCAGCCUCUCCGACGGCGACUUCACCGUCACCGACGCCAACGGCGCCGUCGUGCUGCGGGUCAGGGGCGCCGUCUUCAGCGUCCGCCACCGCCGCGUGCUGCUCGACGCCGCCGGGCAGCCCGUCCUCUCGAUGCAGGAGAAGGUAUUUAGCAUGCACAACAGAUGGGAAGUGUUCAGAGGGGACAGCACGAACGCGAGCGACCUGCUCUUCACCGCGAAGAAAUCCUCAAUCAUCCAGCUGAAGACGGAGCUGGACGUCUUCCUGGCCUCGAACACCGCGGAGCAGGCCUGCGACUUCAAGAUCAAGGGCAGCUACUUCGAGAGGUCCUGCGCCUUCUACCUCGGCAGCUCCAACACCAUGAUCGCCCAGAUGAACCGGAAGUUCACCAUCUCGAAUGUGCUGCUGGGGAAGGACACGUUCGGCGUCACCGUGUUCCCGCACGUCGACUACGUGUUCGUCGCGGCUCUCGUGGUGAUCCUGGAUGAGAUUCACAGGGAACGAUCCGACUGAUGAGCAGGCCAGCCCCAACAAAGCUUCCAUCAAGUUGGACGCACGUUGCUCGUGUAAACUGCCUUUUUCCGGUACAGGGUUUUGCUUGUGAAAUUAUGCUAGCAGGAACAACAACUAUAGAACUUUGAUGAUUUAUUUUAUUUCAUACUGUAUUAUCAUGCCAACGUUCGAUUAUGUGUACUAUACUAUUUGUUUUUUUUCCAAUUGGAUUUGUUUUUUUUUCAA